GGCUAUAUAUGUAUAUUUAUAUGUGCUAGCUGCAGUAGUCCCGGUCAGACGACACAGUACGUAAAAGCAGCCGUUUAAUACAGUAAACUCUUCCACCAUAUUAAUCCUAGCUUCUUCAUGGAACUACAACAGCUAGCUUGCUUGCUUGCUUGCUUUAAGCCUGUGACAAAUAUGUCUCGAUCUUUCAUGUGACCCUCCUCCUGUGAUUACGCUGCUGACUCCAUAUCUUGCCUGUGAUCUGCUUCAAUACCAUCUCCUUUCGAGCACCCCCUUUAAAUAUACCUGCACUUUUCCUCUACAUUUCUCACCACUACUACUGUGAUCUCAAACGAAGUUUAUUUACUCUUGAGACAGAAAGGGAAGACAGACCGAACGUAGACAUGAAGGGUUUUGUUGGUGUUUCUGUUCUUGUUGUCAUUGUUCUUCUUUUUGUUCCAGAAGUUAUGUCUACGAGGCACAUUGGCCGGCUACGCUCACGUCAUGGGCAUGUGCAUUCUGCACAAAGGAAAGCAGAAGAUGACAUGGUGGGAAAACCCAAUAAUUUUGAUUGGGGAAAAAUGAAGAGAAAGAGGUCAUCAGAUACGGUGCAAAUUGCAGGUUCACGCUUGCCAGAUUGCUCUCACGCAUGUGGGUCGUGCUCGCCAUGUCGACUAGUCAUGAUCAGCUUUGUCUGUGCAUCGCUUGCAGAGGCUGAGACAUGUCCUAUGGCAUACAAGUGCAUGUGUAAUAACAAGUCUUAUCCUGUCCCUUGAACCUCCCUCGAUCAGUUCAACUGUUCAAGAGUACUUCGACUUCGAGACCUCCCAUCUUCUCUCUCAAGUACUUCUUCCCCAUCUGUAACAUUAAUCAUGUAGUACUAGCUAGUCCACAUCGUCUUUUAUUAUUUCUUUUUCUUUAUUUCUUUUAUUUGAUCUCCUUCUUCCAUUUUGGGGCAUCUAGAUCAGUUUUUUCUUUAAGCUAGACGUACGUCGUAAAUUAAUUUCUCCCUUUGAUGUGUCGUCAGAAGCUAUUCUUCCUGUACGUAUAUAUAUGGCUAGUCAUGAAGUCGGUAAAUUUUUGUUAAGGUUUAGGAUCUUAAUUUUACGGUUCAUGAUAUCUAUAUAUAUAUAUAUUUAUUAUUUA